UUGCUACCCUCUAGUCAUUGCUCCGCCCAGAACCAAAUCCCGAUUGGCUGUUUUGCGUGGUGGUCGAUGCGUCAGUAACAAAAACCAUCGAUAAUUGGUGGACGGUUCCUGUCUGUCAAAUCUGUCAGACUCUAACGUCAAGCAUUCACAUAUCCUUUUUUGAAUAAUAGACAGAAUGUGUAAAUUAAAUUAAAUAAAACGUUGCUGCCUAUAUAUAUAUAUUUUGUAUAUACUGCUAAAGCCGUUAAGUAAAUAAUAUUGUAACAUUCAACAUAACAUUGGAAAGUUCACUGCUUUUGUCUCACUGCAGCAAAAAUCAGCUGUCCGCAACAAUCUAGUUUGUAUUUCACCUGCAGUAAAGCCAAGUAUGGCACUCUAAGUUGUCCUUUGUUUGAAUGGAUUGAGAUCUCUCUCCAUUUUGCAACAGAACAGAUACAGGCACAAUUGUGAUGAUACAUAACCUAACCAAACUGAUAAAUAACAGAAAGGUCAACAAAAGGCCAAAGGCAGGAGAUAGACAAGAGCGCUGUUGACAUCCCGUCUGCUAUCACUUGCUACUUAAUCACAAUUUCUCGCUUUCUCCUGUGUGCAUUGUUGUAUGUAAAGGUCUCUGACCUAAUCUCUGGGCAUGACGAAGAGUAGAGGUAAGAUGAGGUCUCUGAGAUGCUGAGGGCUAUAUAAGAGCAAACCAGAAAGCAACACAAACCACAUAAACACCUCAAAUAUUCCAAAACCCUUUAGACAACUUUGCCAUUUCUAUAUCGUCACUAUGUGGAAGUCAGCAAUCUUGACCCUGGGCUUAUUGGUAGCUCUGGUAGACAGGGUGCAAUCUAAUGAUGGCCAUCCUUCCUUUUAUGGUGUAAAACUUUGUGGGAGAGAGUUCAUACGAGCUGUCAUCUUUACCUGUGGUGGAUCUCGAUGGAGAAGGAGCACAGAAGACUCGGUUCUUUUUGGAGAAGAGGCCUUUAAUCCCUGGAACACAAAUUUGAUGCCUCAGUCCACCAGAGAGCAGGAUUCUGCAGAGACACAGACAUGGAAACACCAAACACUGGAUGUGGCAUCUGUUGCUGCAGGAUUCAGCCGCUCAGUUCGCUCACCUGUCUCAGAGGAGGUGCUAGAGGCUCUAAGAAGCGCAGACAGGAAAGGACGAGAUGUUGUGGUCGGAUUGUCCAAUGCUUGCUGCAAGUGGGGCUGUAGCAAGAGUGAAAUAAGUUCUCUGUGCUGAACCCCCUUUCUUUUACAUACAGCUUAUACUGCCACUAAAAUAGAGUUCUCUCUCUUUUUCUGUGAUCACUGUCACCUUUAUUUCUUAAGUGUGUACCCCAAAUGUGUUUACUGUGGUUAUCAAAGACUGAUAUGUGUUUAAUAAAGUAUUGUGUCAUAGUUUUAAA